CCAAACGUGACAUCAUUGUUUUGCCGGUUGCAACAAUGUACAACUGAACAGACGCCAAAUGAAACAGGAAACCUGACUCACGUGGUUUCUACCUGCCUGCAGUCACGUUCUAGUUUUAUGUGUAGAAUAUAAAUGCCGCUUUUCCUCUCAUUUCUCCAUACGAAUGUAGCACAUUAGGUCUUUUAUCAAAGAAUAUAGAUGCUGCAACUCACUCAAGUAAAAAUAUAAUUUCCAUUUCCUCAGCUAAUCUUGACUUGACCCUUUCUAUAUUUAUAAUAGCCGAUCAGUAUAUAAUUGUGAUGCAAGCCUACAGCCGUCAAUAGAAAUUAUAUUACAGCAGCCUAAACCUUGUUUUCAGUUGUAAACAGAUGAGAAUGUAGAAUUUCAAGGACGUGUCAUCAUCCUGUUUCGCAACGACUCAGUUUCAUAUAUGGACGUUAAAAACAUUGAACACUGAUAUUUGCUACAAUGUUAUUAUAUGAAAAGUAAAAUUGCCAUAAAAUGCUUUUGUGCAGUACCCAGCUAAGCCAAUAUCCAACCAGAAGGAAAGAUCCAUAAAUCCUCUUUAAAUCCCUAGAGCACAUGGGUUGUAUGGGGAGAGAGAGAGGAGAGAGAGAAAAACGCACGUAGUGCCAUCUACAUAGCCGCAUCAUUGUCUGCACGUCAGCGUGAUUCAAGUGAUUCAUCGGUGACAGAAAAGGCUCCUGUCAGAUCAGACACUACAUUCAGAUGAGCACCAGUGAAGCUCCAGAUCCCAUUCAAGUGCUUCUGUAAAGAUGUUUGCUGCGCGAUCGUGAUUAUCCUGGUCCCAGAAGAGCAUCAUCAAAGGAAAACCUUAUUAACUAAACAUCAUUAAGUUUUGUGAGACCUGACCUGUACGAAUCAUCAUGGGUGGAGCGGUAGUGGACACUGGCAACAGUGGGGUCAAGGCACCUGAUGGAGGAUGGGGUUGGGCUGUCCUUUUUGGCUGCUUUGUCAUUACUGGCUUUUCCUAUGCCUUCCCCAAAGCAGUCAGUGUCUUCUUCAAAGAGCUCAUCAGGGAGUUUGGAGUGGGCUACAGUGACACCGCUUGGAUCUCCUCCAUUCUUCUAGCAAUGCUUUAUGGCUCAGGCCCAAUAUGUAGCAUCUUGGUGAACCGGUUUGGGUGUCGCCCUGUGAUGAUGGUGGGUGGCCUUUUUGCCUCCUUGGGUAUGAUCUUGGCAUCGUUCGCAACCAACAUAUUUCAAAUCUAUCUCAGCACAGGGGUCAUAACAGGUUUGGGUCUUGCCUUGAACUUUCAACCAUCACUCAUCAUGCUGAACAGAUACUUCAGUGAGAAAAGGCCCUUGGCCAAUGGUCUCGCUGCAGCUGGAAGUCCCGUGGCUCUGUGCUGUUUGUCUCCUCUUGGCCAGGUUCUUCAGUACAAGUUUGGAUGGCGAGGAGGCUUCCUUAUCCUUGGAGGCUUGCUGCUAAACUGCUGUGCCUGUGGGGCUCUUAUGAGGCCCUUGAUGGCUCCAAAAAAGAAUGAGGUGGAUGAAAAAGAGAAGGAAACAAAACCAAAACCCAAGCUGCUUGAUUUCAGCGUCUUCAAAGAUCGUGGCUUUGUGAUUUACACGGUUGCUGCAGCCAUUAUGGUGCUAGGUCUUUUUGUGCCUCCUGUGUUUGUGGUAAGCUACGCCAAGGAAUUGGGCAAUGAGGACACAAAGUCUUCCUUGCUGCUCACCAUACUGGGGUUCAUCGAUAUCUUUGCCAGGCCCACAUGUGGUAUCAUCGCUGGGCUCAAGUGGGUGCGUCCACGAUGUGUCUACCUCUUCAGUUUCGCUAUGCUCUUCAAUGGCAUCACCGAUCUUGUUGGCUCCCUGGCAAAAGACUACUCCUCUCUUGUGGUGUUCUGCAUCUUCUUUGGUAUCUCCUACGGCAUGGUUGGAGCCUUACAGUUUGAAGUGUUGAUGACCAUUGUGGGAACCGAGAAGUUCUCCAGUGCUAUCGGCUUGGUGCUUUUGGUUGAAGCCUUUGCUGUAUUGGUCGGACCACCUGGAGCAGGCCGGCUUCUGGAUGCCACAAAGAACUACAUGUACGUCUUCCUGCUAGCAGGCUGUGAGGUCGUCAUCUCGGCACUUGUGCUCGCCAUCUGUAACUUCCUCUUCAUCAAUAAGAAGCCCCAAGAGCCUGACCCUCCAGCCAAGAUGGAGAUGGCCAUUACUGAGGCGGAGAUGGAGGAGCUCAACAAAACGCAACUAGAGGAGAAAGUCAACGGAGGUGGUACUGGUGAGAUUGGGAAGGAGCAAGUCGAGCAGAGCAUUCAGGAAAUAGCUACAGAGUCUGAGAACACUAAGGUUAAAGAGCCUGAUGGCAUUGAAGUGGACACAAUAGAGCUUGAGAACGUUUCCAAAAAAGUGACGGAAACAAAUGGUGUUGUAGUAGAACCCGAAUCCUCUUUGUGAAGAUCGACUGUAGAACCAAAAGUAUGGCAAAACAACCCUAGUAGGACUCCUGAACGUGCCCGGUCUAUGGAAGCCGAGAUUGAUUUGUUUGUUUGAUGUUGUGGUGUAUGCUUUUCUGUAUCGCGCUUUGAGUGUGUCUCACAUCUGGUUAUAGAGGACCGAUUUUCAACCUGCUCUACAGUUCAGAUAGAACACAUGCACCUGAAGUGAUUUGGGCCUUUCACUGCCUUGCUUGCUAACAACAGAUGACAGGAGAUGGUCUCAUACAUUCAGUCUUCUUUAAAAAGGUUCUUCUGACAAUAACAAAGAUUUGUUAAGGGUGUAAGAAUACGGAUAUUUAUUCUGAGCAUUUUAAAUAUGCAAGAGAACUUUGUUUUUAACCUUUUAUUCCAGUUGUACUGCAUUUUUGGCCAGUAUACACUCUACAUCAGAGCAGUGCACCAGCAUUAUAGUGAAGAUUACCAGCUUGCUGCUUUGUGGCAUAAAGUAUUUGCUAAUGUGGAUUGUUUAUAGUACCGUUAUAAUUUACUGUAUUGUUUUUAAACUGGUACUAAGAGCGCACUAGUUUAAGAAUAAUUAGGUUUUUUUUAAGGUUGUAUCAAUGUUCUGUGUUUCAGACAAAUCCUAACGGACUUGACCAACCCAUAUGCUAAGAACAAAUGAACAGUUGAGCAGGUUUGUAAGAAACACGGUCUUGAGUUAUAGUCUCUUUAAAUUGAACACUUGAACAUGUUCUUGCAGAAUGUACAGAAUUCAGAUAUGCUUCGAAGUACUUUUGUGUAGUGUUUCAAAGAAUAUUAUUGUCAUAGAGCACCGCUCUGUUACAUAUUUUUAUAGUGUAUUUUGCUAUUUCAUUUGAAAUUUUUGCAGUGUUUUUAGUAGACGUGCUGAUGUCAGUUGGCAGCUACACCACUUUAACUGUACAUUUAUUUAUCUAAAUUUAAAAUGUCGGUGUGUUCAGUUCAACUGAACCAAUAUGAAGGGGAGGACCAUUUACAUGUGAUAUGUCAGUUAUUUUUAGUUCAUUCAACACAUAAUUCAAAUGUAUUGAUUUAAGACAUUUCAGACCUUUUUGGAAACCAAAUAGUACUAUAAAAACAAUAUGGGACCUAUUAAACCUUUUUACCUCUAUUUUUUUUUUUAUGUAUUUCACUAGCAAUUUGUAAGUAGGGACCCUCUAAUUGUUUUCUUUUUUUUUUUUUUUUUUGUACUAAAGCUAGAGAUUUUUGGUUGUGCCUUUAAGUCUGAUUUGUAGCCAUUCUCAAUUUGUUGUGAAUCAAUCUAAAAAUAAAUGCAUACCUCUCUCCAAUGGACCUUUCUCUCUUAAAUGGUUAAUUUAAAUUUAUUUGAAGAGCACAUUUGAAUACUUCACUGCAUUUAAACAGAACAUCAUUGCUAGAAUAGCUAAGGAAGUGUAACAUUUAAAAAAAAUUA